AGUAGAUGCUGCCCAUGCUGCCAGAAUGAGUAGGCUUUGCCAGUUCUUACUUUAUAUAUUUUAUUCCUCUGUGGUUCAUUCGUAGUUUGUUAGUCUGUGACUUCUUUUUGAUUUUUCUUUUGUGCGAAGCUAAUAUUACAAGGAGCACAUUUUGAGAAGCCUCAAAAUGCAGAUUUUUGUGAAAACCCUAACGGGCAAGACCAUUACACUCGAGGUGGAAGCCUCUGACACUAUUGAAAAUGUGAAGGCCAAGAUCCAAGACAAGGAAGGUAUCCCCCCAGACCAACAGCGAUUGAUCUUCGCCGGUAAACAAUUGGAAGAUGGUCGCACACUGUCUGACUAUAACAUUCAAAAAGAAUCCACCCUGCAUCUUGUCCUCAGACUUCGUGGAGGUACUAUUGAGCCGUCUCUUAGGAUUUUGGCCAUGAAGUACAACUGUGACAAGAUGAUUUGCCGUAAAUGCUAUGCACGUCUCCAUCCUCGUGCUACCAACUGUCGCAAGACCAAGUGUGGACACACCAACAACCUGCGCCCCAAGAAGAAGAUCAAGGAUUAAUUUCUUUUUUCUCGAACUGCUUGCUUAUGCAAUUAAUGUUAAACUUAAAAAUUAAACAAUAAAAAGUGUAAAAUUUA